AUGCAGGUACAUCAGUUAAAAGGAAUAUGCACUAAAAAUAAGUGUUCAAAAAAAUAUUGUCGUUUAAAGUAUAGUAAAAAAUUGGCACUUAUUCGUUCUGUUAACUGUGCAGGUUUACACGGUCGGUCGCAAGAGAUGGCCUUGACAUUAGAUGGAACGAUUGCUAAACCUUAUCCAGUGUAUCCGACGGUUAUAAGCAAGUGCGAAACUCCAACUGAGCUUAUGACUCAGUUCUACUUCACUGUUGAACUGUUGUUGCGGCCUUAUCGUUAUUUACCUUUCACCUGCAAAAUUCAUAUCCCUAAAACUGGCGCUCGUGAGUCAUUUUUUCUCAAGCUACAAUUUAUGCAGUUACACUACAAUAGCAGAGUAUCGAUGACAAUUUUCAAACAAAAUAGAGGUGCAAAUGAAAUUGCUUAUCUUGUACAACAAAUUAUUGUCACUGCAUUGUGGAACAGCAGCUUUAUUUCCAUGUCUCAGCAGUUUCUAUCUCUUAAAAAAAGCUUUGAAGAACCAACAAAAAUUGAAAUUAUGCCAUACUGCAAUUUACCGUCCCAAAGUUGUUUUGUGCCAUAUCCGCCGACUACACAGCCGGCAACAGUAAGGCAAAAUUCCCAAACAUCGAAUGAAUCAUAUGCGAAGGAACAACUGCAUACACUCUCCCGAAGCCAUUCGUCUCCAAAUAUAUCGUCAACAAAAAAUAAACUUGGUCGGAUGUACAAUCCAGGAAGACCACUGGCAAUGGCAGAUCGUCAAAAAAUAUUGCAUCUAUACGAAAAAGGCCAUAAGAUCAGUCAUAUUGCAAGAAUAAUUGGUGUUACUCACAGCUGUGUGUCCAAAAUAAUGACAAGAUAUCGGCGAACAGGUUCUAUGCACCCGCGUUCCACCAACAAUGGUAGACAACGACUUUCAGAUACAUAUCUUUCUCUUUUGGAUUCAGAAGCAGAGAGAAAGCUCUCAUGCGGUACAGAAAAUCCGAGUUCUUGUCUUGUAGGCGGUGAAUAUUCUGUACGAAAGCUGAAAAUUGUAAGAAGAAGAGAUCUUUAUCAGGCUACUUCAGUACUGAUUAGCUGA